AUGACGCCAUCCAUGGCCAGGUUGGCGGCGUGCGCAGCGCUCUUGAGCGUCCUGUGCUGCAGCUCCUCCUUCGUUGCCGCAGAAGAGCAGUGCAACGUCGAUAGGCCCGAAUGUGGGUUCUUAAACAACAGGCAGUGCCCAGACCCUGCGAGCGGCCACCCCUCGCACCUGAAUCGCUGCUGUCAGAAAGACUCGCUCGGCUGCUACACGGCGUGCUGCGCAGACUACUUUGGGAGCAGCAUCGCCACCGUCGUCGUCAUGGCCGUCUUCCUCACCUUCUGCUUGCUCUGUCCGAUCCUUGCGUACUGCUGCAAAAAGCUCAACUCGUGGCACGCAAACCGGGAGCAAGAACGCGUCGUCGAGGAGCAAGUCCAGCGCACAGAGCGCUCCUUUGACGAACGCGAACACGCCCGCAGAGCGGGCAUGCGGACGGAAACGCCGCCGUCAUACUACGGCCCCGGCGAAAAGGCGCCAGAUUACGAGGCAGCGCUUAGCGACACCGUCCUUGUCUCAUCCGGUGGAUCGACAGCCAACCUGCUCGCCAGCACCGCAAGCAGCGGCAGCGGCAACAGCGAAACAGCAGCAGCAUCUGGUGCCAACAGCAGUAAUGGAAGUGGCGGUGGCGGCGGUGGCGUGUUCUCGCUGUUUGGACGCCGCCGCACCACACACCAGCAGCAAGGCAGCACUGGCCGCACACGCCAGUCUGCCCUGCCAUCCCUGCCGGAAGAGGAACGCGAACACUUUAACGCAGACACAUACCACCUCCAAGCAACAGCAACAGCAACAACAUCAUCAUCAUCAUCGGCAGGAGAAGCCCCACAGCAACACGAGUACACAACCCUUCAUGCGGGUCAGCAGGCGAGCACCAGCAACAGCAACAGCGGUGAUGGUGGUGGUGCCGGCAAUGGCAACACGACGGCACCGCACCCCGCCGUCUCUGCACUCGUGGCUGAAGCGGAGUUCAGGGCGCCCACGCCCUCCAGCCCGCCCGCGUACGAUUCCGUCGUGCACAUGAUCGAGAGCAUCAACGACGACGACGACGACGAAGAUGAUGGCGAUGGUUCGUCAUCGUCGUCGUCGUCUUCAUCACUGCGGCGGUCGCGAACAGCAACGCCAGUGAACCAACUCGAGGAGCAGGAUGUGUGA